GUGGAUCAUCUCCAGGCUGGUGGUGCUUAUAUUUGGCACCCUCUAUCCUGCAUAUUAUUCCUACAAGGCUGUGAAGUCCAAGGACAUUAAAGAAUAUGUCAAAUGGAUGAUGUAUUGGAUUAUAUUUGCCCUCUUCACCACAGCAGAGACGUUCACAGACAUCUUCCUUUGCUGGUUCCCAUUCUAUUAUGAACUAAAAAUAGCAUUUGUAGCCUGGCUGCUCUCUCCCUAUACAAAAGGAUCCAGCCUCCUGUACAGGAAGUUUGUUCAUCCCACACUGUCUUCAAAAGAAAAGGAAAUUGAUGACUGCCUGGUCCAAGCAAAAGAUCGAAGUUACGACGCCCUUGUGCACUUCGGGAAGAGGGGCUUGAACGUGGCAGCCACAGCAGCUGUGAUGGCUGCUUCUAAGGGACAGGGUGCCUUGUCGGAGAGACUGCGAAGCUUCAGCAUGCAGGACCUCACCACUAUCAGGGGUGAUGGUGCCCCUGCUCCCUCAGGCCCCCCUCCUCCAGGGACUGGGCGGUCCAGCGGCAAACAUGGUCAGCCCAAGAUGUCCAGGAGUGCUUCUGAGAGUGCUGGCAGCUCAGUGUGUACCUGCUGCUCCUCCUGCAGGACCCGGAAAGUGGUUGAGGGAGAUGUGAAUGAGGGUGGUGUGAAGUCAUGGGAGCCCCACCAGGUCCAAAGCCCACUGGCGUUUUCUGACGAGGAGGAGGAGGACCUGUUGGAGUUCAUGUACAAGUAUAAGUCACCGAGGAGGACGGAGUUGCCCCUGGAGGCACCGCCUAGAAUCCUUCGGUCCCGCUUCAGGAAGAAAAGUACCUCAUCCUCGGCCACUGAAACCACAGCGCUCAUCGACCACAACGUCGCGUGGCCUUCCCAGUCUUCAGCUCGCACAGUAUUUGAAGUGACGAAGGAUGUGCUUCAUCUUCGGACAGCGAACCCUCAGCAGCUGACGUUCUGGAUUGUGACUGUGCACAUUUCCUCUAGCUGAUUUCUGAAGUCUCUCUAGAGUGAGCUCUGACUAAGUACCCUGAACUGUGUCUCUAAGGGAUGUGAACUGCAGUAUUCCGAAGGCUGAAGCUCUGCUGUUGUUAUAAUGCCUGGUAAAUAUCUUGAAUAAAGUCUUAACCUUUUUCUUUUAAAAAAAAAAAUUGUAAUGUUGGGCUUAUGAGA